ACUGGGUUCUGAUUGGAGCAGAGGGCCGGCACGGUUAGGUUCGUCUGCGCUUCCACAUGGUUUGUUGAUAGCUGUUAUAAAAUCAUCGACUAGCAUUUUUAAUUAAAAAAAAAAUUGACAAUAAACCGCGUUCAAUUGUGAUUUAAAACCGAAGAACAGAAGAAGAUGAAUAUCCGAAACGCGAGACCGGAUGAUCUCAUGAACAUGCAGCACUGUAACCUGCUGUGCCUGCCAGAGAACUACCAGAUGAAAUAUUACUUUUACCACGGGCUGUCCUGGCCUCAGCUUUCCUACAUCGCUGAAGAUGAAAAUGGAAAAAUAGUAGGCUAUGUCUUGGCUAAAAUGGAGGAGGACCCUGAUGAUGUCCCACACGGUCACAUCACAUCCCUGGCUGUGAAGCGCUCCCACAGACGUCUGGGUUUGGCUCAGAAGCUGAUGGACCAGGCAUCCCGCGCCAUGAUGGAGAACUUCAACGCAAAAUACGUGUCUCUGCAUGUGCGCAAGAGUAACCGGGCUGCUCUACACCUGUACUCCAACACGCUGAAAUUCCAGAUCAGCGAGGUGGAGCCCAAGUACUAUGCUGACGGUGAGGAUGCCUUCGCCAUGAAGAGAGACCUGGCAGUGCUGGCAGACGAGCUACAAAAGCCCCCAGAAGAGAAGGAGAGUCUCAGCGCUGGGGUCCGCUCUGCUCAGACGGAGACCGCGGUGGGAGGGGACCCGCGCAGAUCAAACCACCUGGGCGGGGCGGGGGGUGGGGGGGAUUGUUGCCGUGACGACAAGUGCGGGGGAGGUGCCGGAGCAGUGCACCCUGGGAAACAGGGGGGUCAGGAGGACAGCGGAGGGGACAGCAAGGACGCGAGCGAGACGACGGAGAGCACAGACCUGAAGGACAGCUCGGAGGCAUCCGAUUCGGCUUCUUAGAGAUAAUUAGAUAAUUAAUAACGAUAAUAGAGUAAUUAAUGAGGCAUACAGUGGCCGUGGCGAUUGGAGACACUGACAGAGAGAGAGAGGCUUCAUAAACUCAAUGACAAACGUUUCCACGAGAAGUCUGAUCAAAUGCCUUGACAAAGACUUCUAGUGGAAACGCUUGCCGUUGAAUUUAUGAAGUUUCUUGUAGUGUUUCUAUUGAAGAUGCUCCAUUCAACACUGCAGAGCUGUAUAUUAAACUUGUUAAUUAUUUUGGAAGUGAUGAUUAAAUAAAUGGGUGAAAACACAA